UCCUACUUUUAGAUGUCCGUGAGAAGGCAAGCCUCGCUGAAAAAGGCAACAAGGCUGGGAAAAAUAGAAGGCAGCAAGAAAAGAGGAAGACCUGACAUAAGGGUUGAUUGACUUCGUCAGGGAAAGGUCUGGCUUCCAAGACCAGAGCAGGCGCUUAAUUAGAAGGGCCCUCAUUCUGAGGGCUAAAUUGGAUUUUUGGGUAAAUUUGCUUUCCUUCUACAACGCCAGCAGCCCCACCGCGCCGAAACCGGAGCUCUGGCUGAAGAUUCCCGCCCUCUGGCUUCCGGAGAGGCUUGGCAGGCAGCGAGCCGCCCUUCCCCGGCCCAGAAGGGAGCCGCCUGCUCGCCUUAUAGCCCCAGACGCCUUCGGCCCUUAGCCACCCACAGCCUCCGUCGCCAUGGUCAGCCCCGGCCUCCGCUGGCCCUCCAAGCCGCGGCCUGGCUGGGCCUUGGCCUUCGUCGCUGUGGCCUCGCUUGCUCUGCUGGGGGCGGCGGCGGCGGCUUGGCGCUGGCGUCGAAGCCGUCGGUCUCGGCUGCGGCCGGUGGGGAGAGUGUCGGCUCUUUUCGUUUACCCGGUCAAGUCCUGCCGGGGGGUGGCCGUCGAGCAGGCCGAGGUGACCCAGCUGGGGCUCCGGAACGGGGAGAUGAGGGACAGGUGUUGGCUUGUUAUAAAGGAAGAUGGACAUAUGGUGACAGCUCGGCAAGAACCUCGACUAGUAUUGAUUUCUAUUGCCAAUGAAAAUGACUGUUUAACUCUGAGUGCUCCAGAAAUGAAGGAUAUUCAUAUUCCUGUCAGGCUAUCAACCAGAAAUCCAGUAAAGAACUGCAGGUUGUUUGGCACUGAUAUCCAAGGAAGAGACUGUGGAGAAGAGGCAGCUCAAUGGAUCACAGAUUUCUUAAAAUCAGAGCCAUAUCGUUUGGUUCAGUUUGAAUCAAACAUGGUUCCCAGGAAUGCAAAAGAUUUAAUGGAACCUUUUCGACCCAGCGAUAAGAUUGCCUAUCCUGACUGUAGUCCCAUUAUGGUGCUCUCUGAAGCUUCUUUAGAAGAGUUGAAUUCCCGACUACAGAAGAAGGUUCAGAUACGAAACUUCAGGCCAAACAUUCUGGUCACAGGCUGCAAUCCUCAUGAGGAGGAUACCUGGGAUGAGAUUAAGAUUGGAGGUGUAGAAAUGAAAGGAGCAGCAGCCUGCCCCAGAUGCAUAUUUACUACAGUUGAUCCAGAUACAGGAAUCAUGGAUAGAAAAGAGCCUCUGGAAACUUUGAAAAGUUAUCGCCUGUGUGAUCCUUCUGAACAGCAUAUAUACAAAUCGCAUCCUCUCUUUGGAUGGUAUUUUGGAGUUGAUAAAACAGGAACAAUUCAAGUUGGAGACAUUGUAUACAAGAUGAUCUAGUGAUACCAAUAUUUCUCAAAAUAAAUUGCUUAUUUUGUAUGUGAAAACUCUACAUGAAAUAAUAAACUUCUUUUCUAAUGGAAA